UUAGUAGUACAGACAUCAGCUACAUCAGUGAUAGUGGAGUGGAGUCAGCCAUCAGGAGCAGCCACAGUGACUGGAUAUGUAGUACACUAUAGUGACGGAGUUGUUAACAAUGCCAGGAGUGUACCUGAUCCAACCUCCACUAGUCACAAUAUCAGAAACCUAACUUGGUGUUCUAACUACACAUUUUCAGUUGAAGCUGCUUCAGAGCACAUCUCUGGAAUAUCAGAAACAUUUGCACUCGAAUUAGCUGAAGCAGUUAGUUCAACAGUCAUCUCAGUCCAAUGGGACCACCUGAGAGCCUGCAGUCCAGUCAGUCAUCUGCCUGUUAAAUUCUCAGUGAAGUACACU